AUGUCGCAAGGAUAUCCUCGGCCUAACCCCCAUCCCCAGCACCCUCUGUACCCAUCCCCGGUCGUCCUUCCAGCAUCCAGCGACACCAUCGUUGCUUCAUCCCCCGCCCACGGGAUCACUCAACAUCCCGAUUCCAUGCGUCGGUCGUACCCCAUAGGCCUGUCAAGUGAUGCGGGUCUGGUCGGCGUAGACGGCUCGCUCAAGCGACGGAAAAUAUCACCCACUCUGUAUGAAAACACUGGUGGUGUGCAAGGUAUACCUACACCCAUUACCGCUGCAGGGUUCUUCCAGCCUCCCCACCAACAGCCAUUGAAACAAUCUGCUCCCCUGAAUCCGGUCAUAUCAACACCAGCGUUGCUAUACAGCUAUGCCCAGUCAGCCCAUGCUGAAUCCCAAACACAUCUACAACAAUCCUUCAUCCCGCCGUACAUCAGUGCCGAUCGGAAAUCAGGUUAUCCUAUAGCCAGACUCUAUCCCCCUUCUCCACCCAUGACGCCUCCCUCACCUCUAGCAACUCCAUUACCUCGGUACACCCAUGACUCUGAGGCUCGACAAAAAGCUCUCGGAUAUCUGCUUUUGGCGUUGGACCUACUCCGGGCGGGGUUGAAAAGCAACGAGUUGUCAGACCGGGAAAAGGUCGUGUUUGCGCUCGAGUUUGGAUUGGUAGGGGUGAAAGUGUGGAGCGCAUGGAAAUCAUGUUCGAUAACGGGCAAGGAGAGAAGGAAGAAUGAGAGCGGAAGGUUGAUGGACGAGAUGCAAGAGUUUGUCGGUCAGGCUUCUUUAGUGGCUGAGCGCCAAUCCUCGCUGGCUCUUCUGAAACUGCAACUGGAGCUUCUGAAUGCCAGACUGGCGUUCAUGCAGGGCAAGUUCAACCUCGGUAAGAGAUUAGUCAGGAAUGGUCUGGCUGCGUGCAAGAAUGACCAUUGUCAUCGUUAUGGCCUUUACUUGCUCCACCUCGAGCACAUUGAAACCACUGGGCCUGGUGAAUACCUCAACAUCGUGACUGAAUUCCUGAAUGAAGCCGAACGCAACAAGCAUCAGGAAAUUGUACAGCUUGCAUCACUCCUCAAAGCCAGAAUAGCUUUCGUCCAUCGCCGAUGGGAGCUCGUCCCUUCCGCUUUGGCCGCCUUGGCUGGCGCUCUCAACUCGCCCUUCUCUGAUCAUACCUCUGUCCCGGCUAACUUGCUCCCUGGAGCAUCGGAACUAGAGCAGAGUUGGCUGGCGUCAAUGAAUGUGCACUACUUGACAUUGAAAGCUUUGUGGGAGGGCAGGAGGGGAGAUGAUGCGGUCACCAAGGCGGUGUUGAAGCAGGUCUACGCUUUGAUGGAUAUGUCGAGUGACAAGGGCACUUUCAACGCUCUCCGGGCAAGCGGAGGAGUUUUCAUGCUACCACUUCCGAACUCUCAACCCCUCCUGAUACAACUCACUCCGCCCAACAUCACUUACAUGCUCACAUACCUGACGACGGUUGUCACGCGCCGCGAGUUUACAGGAUCAAUUGCCUCUUGCCGCACGCUCGUCCAUGCAAAGGUCUUCAAGGAGACAGAGCACGUUGCGAGAGCCGAGGAUAUGUGGGAUAUUGGAUUCUCUGGCUGUCAUGGGCUGGCAGACGUCGUAGCGCUGCAAAGAAAGGUUGCCUCAAUCAGGGCAGAAGUGUCACUUGAGCAAGCUACAGCGCUCAUGUACCGAGGGAGCUUCAAGGAGAGCCUCAGUCUUCUAUACGAAACGGUCGACUAUCUGCAGAAGAAUGACAUAUUCGCUCCCCUUUCCCCUCAGCUCUGUCUGCUGUUCGCCCAACACGCCCACCUGCUUGGCCUCACCGAGACCGCCACCCGUUACUACACCGCCUGCAAAGCCCUCAUCAAUACCGGCAGCGAAUUGUCUCUCAUUGCUGAGAUCGGUAUACUGGGGGCGCACAGCAAGUUGGAAGGCUUGAUGCAGGAUCUCAUGGUGCAAGAUGAGGUCAAUGGGCUAGCAGAGAAGUGUAAAGGGAGUACCAGUGCGACAUUCAGUGCGGCCGGACAAUUCCUGGCGAGCAUGAUAGAUGACAACAGGGUCAACUCCAAGAAGAAGCUUUCGACAGCUUAUGAGAUCAGCCAGAAGGCAAACAACCACAUCCUUCGUUUGCUCAUCUUUGCGUACACCACAAGUACCCAUCAUUACGGAGGUCGCCAGCGGAUGCAACGACAGCUCGAGACGGGGAAAGAUAUCGCAAAGAUGCUGGGCGGCAAGGACAGGCCAGACGGGGUGGGGCAGGUCGUGCUCGGCUGGUGGUUCGCGAGGCGACUGAAAGAAUUCUACAGGCAGGAAGGGGCCGCGGAGGCAGCGGCUGAGGCGAAGCAGAGUGAAAAGGUGCACUUGGAGCGGCUCCAAGAUGUCAGGAGGGAAGCUGAAAAGAUGUUCAACGACAAUUGA